AAUGUGUUUUAUACAUUACUUUUGUAUUUUGAUUGUGUUGUUCUGAACAAUUUAUAAUAUUUUUUUUACUACAACAAUUGAAAGAACACAUUUGAUCCCAUAUUUUAGUAAAUGAUAUUUUAUUUAUUGAGCAUUCAAGAGAUAUCAAAACGUGGGUGACCCAACUCGGUUAUUCCGAUGUUGCAGCCCUGAAGAUUAACAUUCUUCCUGGUUGAGGCUCUUAGCUUCCUACUUUGCUUCUAAUGUACUUGAACAGAUCUGCAGUACAUUGAUCUAGGAUAGUGUAGCCUGCUUACAUAAUGAGCUUCGUGUUUGUGUUACUGAUCUCAAAUGAUCUUCUUCACUUUUCCUUAUGGAAUUUUUGCUAGUACUGUCAGAUAACAUGACCUGCAACUUCUAACAUUUAAAUAAUUGCAGCAUUGCUGGGACAGGAGUGUUGGUUUUAUGUGAACUUUUUGUUAAAUGAUGGUUUUUGGCUUGUACUCAACAGAGAUCUUUGUGUUAGAGGGAAAAAAAAAAGCCUUUGGUUUUGUUAUGUUAGUGUGAAACAGAGAAUUCUUCCGAAUUCUGCUACAGUGCGUUUAGCACUAUACCGAAUUUUUCUGCGGUCUUGAGGUCACUUUGCCAAACUUCCUUCAGGACUUGCUUACGUGAAAAAUGAAUGGAAGGAAUAGAUAAGGCAAGGCCCACUAUAAUAUGUAUCUCUUACCUAAUUAUGUUAGUGUGAAACAAUCUUUUUUUGUUAUAUCCUUUAUCAAGGCAGAAUUAUCAUAUUCAUUUGGAAUUCCGACUAUAUUUUACUGCAUCAACUGCCUUACUGAAAAAGCUCUUCAUCUUUGCAAAGAAUAUAUUAAUGAAGAUGCAGAUGUGUGGAGAACUUUGCUUAUAUGCUGUGAGAACUAUUGAACGCACCAUGGAUGCAGAACUUGGCUAAUUUCAGGAUAAAUUUGAACGGAUUAAGAAUUAGCUUCUUUAGAAGCUUUUAACUUCAGCAGUGUUUUAUUUUUCUACUGCAUAUUUGACCAAAACCUGUAGAUAUAUCAUUGCGGAUAAGCUUUCUUCAUUCCUUGUUUGCAACUGCUCUUGUUUUAUAUUUGCAACUGCUCUUGUUUAAUAUUUGCAACUUCUCUUGUUAUAUAUUCUAUAUGCAGGAAUGGAAUGUAAUGAGAAUUUAAGUGAGUCAGCCGAUACUGCAAAUAUUAAAAAGACUAUACUUGCGGCAAUAUGUGUUAUAAAUGAGUAUUAUGAAACAUAUAUUUGCAAGACACCGUGUAUGACAUCGUCAUCUAGAGGAGACAAAUGGAUUGGAGAGCUACUACAAGGUCAUCCAACGAGGUUUCAUAAUAUGUUUCGUAUGUCUCAAACAAUUUUUUUAGAUCUACUGUAUGAAUUGGAAUGUGUUCAUCAUCUCCAUGGAUCAUCAAGGACAACAAGCAGAGAAGUACUUGCGAUGACUUUAUAUAUUUUAUCACAUAAUGAAUCAAUAAGGUCCACAUGUGAGCGGUUUCAACACUCUUCUGAGACAAUCAGUAGGUAUUUCUCUAUUGGAUUGGAGGCUUUGGUGAAAUUAUCAUGUUCUGUGAUCAAGCCUAUCGAUCCUCAAUUUGGUGAUAUCCCUAGGAAUAUUUUGUAUGAUCAUCGAUAUAUGCCAUAUUUCAAGGACUGUAUUGGAGCAAUCGAUGGAACACAUGUGGAUGCUCGUGUUUCGAAUGCUGAGAAAGCUGCUUAUAUAGGAAGAUGUGGGUCAACAACGCAAAAUGUUAUGGCUGUAUGUGAUUUCAACAUGUGUUUCACUUUUAUCAUGGCAGGAUGGGAAGGAAGUGCACAUGAUAGUCGCAUAUUUAAAUUUGCAACUCGUAAUAGUCGUCAUAACUUUCCCAUGCCACCUCCUGGAAAAUAUUAUGUUGUUGAUGCUGGUUAUCCGAUGCAACGGGGAUUUUUGAAGCCAUUUCCAGAUACCAAAUAUCAUAUCCCUGAUUUUGAAAGAGGAAGCCAAUUAGUUCGUGGGAGGAAAGAAACUUUUAACAAGCGACACUCUUCCUUAAGAGGUGUAAUUGAGAGAUCAUUUGGUGUUUGGAAGAAGAAGUGGGUCAUACUACGAGAUAUGCCUACAUAUUCAUUCAAAAAACAAAUAAAAAUUGUGAUAGCAACCAUGGCAUUGCAUAACUACAUACGUCGACAUUCUAGUCGGGAAGACCCUGAUUUCAAUAUAUGUGAUGCGGACGGAACAUAUAUACCAGAUGAGGCAUAUGAGUAUAGAAUUGGGCAAUCAGUAGUAGAGACAGAAGGGAAUGAUUUUAUUCGGCAGAUACGAGAUGGUGAAGGAGCAGAGGAGAUGGUCCAGUUACGAGAGAAAAUCACAGAUGCAUUGAUGGAUGAGAUGAAUUAGGAAGUUUCAUAUGUUUGAUAGCAUGUUCAGUUUUAUUUCAUUAAGUUCGUGAAUCAUAUGUUGAUGUAUAUAUAUGUGAAUAGCUGUAUUAUUUUUUUUUUUAGUAAAUAUGGCAAGCUUCUUCAGGCCAACUGUAGUAGAUUUUCAAAGCUUGUGAAUCGUAAACGUGUAGGCUUGCUUCUUUCAUUGAAGUUUUAUGCCACGAGUAUGCUUUGUAAAAAAAUUAUGUCUGAAAUCAAAAUGAUUCGUGAGUUUGUGGCCAAAGGUUAUUUGUUUACAGAGCAUACACAUCAAUUAAUGGACUUUAUUUUUAAAUAUUUUCAUAUUAUCUGUACAUUAAAUUUACCGACAAAAAAGCUCUGUUCUUUAGUUAACCUUAAGAAAGCUUGAUUGAAAGAUUUUCUUUUUUUUUUUUGGAAAGCUACUCAAUGAAAACUUUUUUUUCUUCUAUGUUUGAUGUAUGAACAGUUAUCUUGGAUAUUUUUUUCUGGAAAGCUGGUCAAUGAGAACUUUUUUCUUCUAUGUUCAGCUUGAUCGUUGUAAUGUGAAGUAAUUUGUUACUUUGCUUAGCAGUUGAAGGCCCCUUCCAAUGAAAACUUUCCAUUUAUGUGAAGUUUCUUUAUUGAUCGUUCUUAACUAUUUCAUUUUGUUUGUUAUCAUUUAAUUAUUAUUGUUAAUAAAAGUAAUAUUUUAUUCAAACUUUUCCUAACAAUUUCUGUAGCAAUCAGCACAUUAUUACUUCUUGUAAAAGGUAUUUUUCAAGUAUUCUUGAGUGUCUUUGUCAACUUCGUAGAAGUAAAAUAAAAAUUUUUUAACUUAUUUUAUUCAAAUAUUAUAAAAA